CGCGACGCCCGGGCCAUCGCAGCAGCCCGGCGGCUCUGGCAGGAUGUCGAUGGCUCGCGUGGCGCGCCCUUCGGGGGGUGCCAAAGUGUCUCGGUGGCUGGUCACGGCGCCACGAUUGAUCGUAGUACGUCGUCCCUGAACCCGCGAGGAAAAACACGCUCUCCUGGCAAGGUCGCUCAACAAGUUCCGGGGCCGUGUGUGCGGCCGGCGAACCGGCUCGCUCGCGAGAUAGCACGUUCAACGGGGAAAAACAACCCCCGUUGACAGUUUCGCGACAGUUCGCACGCGCGACAGUCAAACGCGAAGCGGACGCGUGGCUCGAACGUCGCGUGUACGACUUGUCGGCCGCAGUGGAUGUACACUUUGAACGCCGCGCGGAUUCUCGUCCUGGUGUUGCCCGCUCGGUGUGGUGAGUGGUGGGUGGUUUCGUGCGGUUCACCCGUUUCGCGGCCGGGCAUGGAACCGCGGAGGUUCCGGAUCCCGAAGGCUAGCUGACGGAUGCCCGCGCGGGAGGGCAGGAGGGACUACGAGCCGCUGGAUGAAAGUGAAAACGAGCCGACCCACGAUACGGGGGGAUGAAUCAAGGAUACGUUGCGUGGAGAACGUCCGACUGGACGAAUUUCGGCUCCUGUAAGUGGAUUACCCUUUUUCAUGGUGCUUUGCAGAGUUUUCACGGUGUCGAACGGUUGUUCAUUCUUUGAGUGCAUGCAAAGGGGUGUUUGAGGUAUUGUGGAGACUCGGAAGUCUUUACUUCUACGAUCCUCGAGCGAAUUAAACGGAAGACACGAUGGAAGAUUGUUAUUAUACAGUGCUUUUUUAGUGGUCUUUGGAACGGUGUUCCGCUAAAUUGUCAAAAGCUGAUAUGCUCAGGUAUUGGAUUAAAAUUUAUUAUUCUUGUUUUGUUUGGUCAAAUUCACCCUUUGUUGCAUUCUGUUACGAGCUACGUAGAAUGUUUUGUGAAAUUCUUUUACUUUGUCAAACAUAAGAGGAGUGAAUAUUUUAUUAGCUGUAAAUUUAUGGAAUAUCAAAAAUGUUUUCUCUGAUGAAGUAGAAAUAGUCAUGCAACGAAGGGUUCAUUCAGUGUAUUAUAAAAAGAAUCUGUUAAUACUAUUUUAUCCUAUAAUUUAUACUAAGCUGUUCAACAUCAGAUCUAACAACAAAAUGUAUUAUUAAGUUUAGUUAAUUGCAUACUGGAUUUUAUACAAAUGCAGUUAAAGCGGAUUACUUUCAACAGUAAUUGAUUUUCAAUUACCGAGGCAAUAACGAUUAAUUCCAACAAAAUUUGUUUCCAUGUUGACGAGUUUUUACGCCGAUCAGCCCGUUCCAAUCUCGUCCUAAUUAAAUUUACUUGCGGUCGUUAUCGUUACCGUGCAUUUCCCUUUUUCGAUAGCAAACAAAGGUCGCAAAAAAGCGGCGAAUCGGUCGCGUGUUAUACCCCAACACCUCCGUCAGUGGCACACGUUAGAUAAAGCAUUGAAAUCGACGCAAAAGAGCAAUGAAUUGCCGGGAAGCAUGAACGCGGAUAUGGAUAUCUGACAUUUCCAUCGCACACGGAAAAUCGUUGCUAAGGUACGCUGGAAAAAUUAUAAUUACAAUGUGGAAGGGUUGCGUGGCUUGCAUUAUCGAAUUUAGGAUCUUAAACGUCUCGUGGACAGUGAAAUUUUGCUCGUAAUACGUGUUACAAAAUUUCUUUCGUUAAUAAAUUCUCUGCAAGACCAUUUUUUGAGAUAUUUUAAAUUGUACAGGUUCUUGCACAAGUCAUUUUCUUUUUUAAAAGUUAUGCAGCGUUAUCAGUUCCGAAUUUUUGUCGGUCCUAAAUUUCUUAGGGGAUAUAUUUGACAAAAUGAAUGAAUUUUAACAUAAUUCUUUGGAAAUUUAAGUAUUGAAACUUAUGACACCCUCUAAAAAGUCAACGGUGAUGUCGAAGUAAUAGAAUUCUAUAAUUUAAGGAAGUGCAGUUAUUCGAAAAGCGGUUGAUCAAAAUGUUUCGGAUUGUACCCAACGGGACAAAAAAUACGUCUUACCCCACGGCUUAUCUCUUCUAUUCCCCGUAGUAAUACCGUAACGUGCACGGGGAGCCGUUUUAUGGAGAAUUAUUCGAUGCCACGUACGCGAGCCAUAAAACGUUCGACGAACGAGAGGGUCCGACACAGAAUGGCGUUCUGAGCGAUCCAAAACAGGAAGAAUGUUCAUUGACGUUCGGCUUUCGAGAUCCUGAUGCAACGUCUUAUUGACGCGCGAUUGCUUACAUAACGACAAAUAUCCUUCGUAGACACCGCUAUCCUUUUAAACCCCUUUAAAUUUAAAAGUAAUAAAGAAUAUUCACUAAAUAGAUUGACUUAGAUUAUACACACCGACAAUCAUCUCACAUCACAAUUCCUUAAUAAUUUCUAAUGCGAUGGGUUUACGAAUAAUAUAUACCAAAAAUUAGCUUGAAAUUUUUGAAGGAAAGACGAGGUAAAAGGUUGGAAUUUUUUCAACAAUCCAUUAUUCAAGGGUUAAUUUUCUUCCCCAGUAAUCUCUUGAACGUCAGUAACUAAAAACGGAAGGAAGCAGAAUUUCAAAGACCGUAUCGAGCAAAGUUCUGCCAGCUAAAACAAAGAUCCGCGUUACCUCACAAUGCAAAUUCGCUGGGAGGCAGACUAUCUUGUUACCGCGUCAACGAGAAACGUCGCGUUAAGCUCUGCUAAGACUUGGAAACAACGGGACUGAGCCGUUAAGUAUGCGCGCGAGUUUCGUCGCAACGACUACUUCGUCUCGGCAAUUUCUCGAUCGUGCCAACAUUAAUUAAGUCACGGUAAAGAAGCUCGUUCACGCGAACGAGAUUUUUUCCCGCGAGUUCGAUCCCAUCGGGGGUGAGUCGCGAGGCCGUCUCCUAGUUUUAAUUAAAGUCACCCCGAGUCGGAGUCGCAGCUAAGGCAAUUAACUCGAAGACAAACGACCAGGAACGAUUGAAUUUCCUAGCUUUCGUAAUUAGUUUCUGCGUAACCGAAUUCAACCCUUCGCAGCCUAUCGUGACUGAAAACGAACAUCGAUGAGUCUUUUAAAAAUCUUGGAAAUAGUGCAGAUUAAAUUAAUGGAAUCGUGGAUUAAACUGGAUAUUUUCUGCUAUUGAAUACCGCGUUUGAUAACCUUGCUGAAAUAAUUAAAAUUGGUUAUUGAAUUUUUCACCCUCGCGCCAAUUAGUUCAUUUCACUCUUGCUCAAAAAGUCCCUCAAGCGCGUUUGCUUAUAGAAAAUUAAUCCUCAGCCCUUCGAUUAAUGCCGGGUUUUUAAUUGCGAUUAAAUUGCGAGGCGAUAGUGCUUAAACCGAUCGAGAGGGGUAAGCCGUUAAGACGAGAGGUAACGGGGAGCGUUUACGCGUUAUUGGAAUUCUUUUGAGCAACGAAAAAAUAUCGGAAGCAGCGAGUUAGCACGGUAGUUGACAUUCCACGUGCGCUCGAAAAGCAACGCGAGGGUUUUCAUCAGCGACGCAUCCGUUUCCUUGUCGUCGAAUCCUCCCUGUUUCGGGUGAAAGUAGCACCGCCGAUAGGGGUGAAAUUUUAAUUCGCACGGACGUUUGAUAUUCAGAGAUCCGGACUCUGCAUUCACAGGCUCACGUACGACCACUCUCGACGGCACUUCUUUCACCGAGGCAUUUUUGUUUCGCGUCAACGACGACCAAGAAACUCUUGUUCUUUCCGCGAGAGAGAAAGAGAAAGGGUAAGGAAGAAAGAUAAACAGAGAAACGCGAAAAGAGGGAAGGAUGAUAGAACGAGACGACGAUCUGUCAUUCAAGGACGAUUCUUUCAGCCUGCAAACUCACUGGAUUGUGUGUGCAGGGCCACCCUCUUUAGAAUUCCCCGUCGGUGGAGCAAGAAGCUCGUAAAAGACAAAGGGGGUUGGGUAGCACAGGGGUGGAGAAGGCGAAGCGCAAGGGAGACACCAGCGAAGGAAGGGACGAAGAGAAGCGAGUAAAGGAGAUAAGAAAGAUGGGAGAAAGCUCACCGGAUCUCAGCCUCCGGCUUCGCCGAGGCAGCUCAGACUCCAGGGAUUCGUUCUACAUGGACUUUGCUCAGGGCAUCGACUCGGAUAUCGAGGAGGUGACGCGUCCGGGAGACAACAACUCGGAUCCGAUGAUGGAAAACCACCUGGAGGAGAAUGGAACCGAGCUACCACCGAUCGAGGAUAUUACGACGAUCCCGGAGGAAGCUUCCGAGGAGUUGCGCGAAGAGGAGGAGGCUGCGGCUAUGGAAGCUGCCCUACGAACACCCGAGGGCCCCAUAAUUAACACGGAAGCAGAGAAACCGGCGCAGCAACCCCAGCCCCAGCUCUCCACGCUCGCUCCGCAAGACUGGCCAGGAUUGCCGGCUGCUCUACCGUCACCGGCAUCACCGUCCGCGGUAAUCGUUUCACCGGAAACGCUGUCUAGACACAGCAGCAGCUCACCCUCCCGCGCUCACCGGCCACCCCAGUUUGCCCUGGCUCUACCAUGCUCCUCGCAACCGAUUUCCGCGGUAUGCUACCCGGCACCCACCUUCCUAGACGUCGUCGAGGAUCGGAAGUGGAAGAAACUUGGAUGCGACGCCCUGGCGACGACGUUUAGCGCCCUGUACGGAAAGCUACUGGUCGUCAUGGGGAUCGCCUUUCCCAUGGCUGAAGUGAUAUCCACCUACAUACCGCCGUCGUUCUACGAAGGGUUCUACCUUUAUCUCUACUUCGGCAGCAUGAUCUUCCUCGUCUACACGUACACCACGUUGCUUCGCGACAGUAAACCGAAGUCAAGAUCGUCUGCCGCGUGUUGUUUUCCGAAAGAGAAACGAAAGGACGUGUGCGACCUGGACUCGUCGAGAUCGUCGAGCGGCGCCGGAGGUGACAGCGACGCAGCUGACACCGCGUGUCCGCACGUGGCCACUGUCAGACCGGCGCAACAUUAUGGCAGUUUCUAUCUACGAAUGGGCGCCGUGGCCUUUGGCAUCGGUUCCAUGAUUUAUUCCGGCUUGGAGUUUGGCCAAUAUUUUGAGCUGGAACAGAACACCAAGUGUCACAACAUCAUGCUUGCCCUCACACCUGCCACUAGGAUGGCAUUCAUCUUCAUACAGAUGUACUUUAUAUUUCUGAACAACGAGCAAAUGAAAGUUUACCGUCAUCGGGUGGUCGCGCGAUUUGGAUUGAUGCACAUGAUCGGCACGAAUCUGUCCGUCUGGCUGAACGUCCUCAUUCAGGAGACCAAGCACGAGAUACUGACGUUCUACAACCCGGAGAACAAUUCCCUGAGGAUUUCACACAGAUUAGGUAUGAAAGGGAAUCUCAAUCUCGGAGGACACAGUCAUUACCAUCACGGAGAGCAUCUGAGGCUUCCAAGAGGUCUGAAGGGACCGCAUCACAUGUACGAAUGUCGACGAACGAACAUAAUGGGAUCGUUAGUCCAAGAUGCUAGUCCGUUUCUAUUUCCCUGCACCAUAGAGUAUAGUUUGAUCUGUGCCGCGAUUUUGUACGUGAUGUGGAAGAACAUAUCGAAGGCUGCGUUCUCGCAGCCUAAAACGCCACCGGGAUCCAGGCAUCACACGCAUGCUUACAGGAGGUCGCCUCAUCACUACAGCGUGGACUGCGCGCGGGCCCACAAGGGUCUGUUCGUGGGUAUCCUGAUCCUGGUGCUAACGAUCAUCUCGCUGAUCUUGUUCUUCGUGCUGAUAUCGCGUCCAGAGUUGGUCAGCUUCGCGGUCACCGAGGUGAACAUCUGCGAGCUGACUCUGUACGGGAUGUCGACGAUAGCCACGCUGAUAGGGAUGUUCCAGAUGCGCAAGCUCCGUUACGACGGCAACAGGAACCUGGAACUGGACAAUAUCCUGUUAGUAGCCGCGCAAACGGGCAUGUUCAUCUACUCGACGUUCACGAUCAUCGGUGCACAGUUCACGCUAGCCAAGCAUACUCUUCUGGUGCUGGUCACGGCGCUGGCGAGCGUGGUGCAGACCACAUUUCAGACCAUCUUCAUCCUGGACGCGUCGAGGCGAUCCGUCGCGACCGCGAAGCAAAUCAGGAGAAAACCCGGCAGAGAGAUCGUGACGUUUCUGCUGGUGACGAAUCUGGCGAUGUGGGCGAUCAACACUCUGGAGAAGUCGCGGGCGGAAUCGCAUCCUGUGCAGCUGCACUUCUACGGACUUUGGGCGUGGACGAUCAUCACGCACGUCUCGAUGCCGUUGGCGAUCUUCUAUAGGUUCCACAGCACCGUUUGCCUCUGCGAGGUCUGGAAAAGAGCCUACAAGGUGAAACCUACCUACAUGUGACGCAAGGGGUCCCGUGAGCUCGUGUGCAACACCGUGGCUCCUCAACGGCCGAAAACCCUGCCCGCCAGGUUGGACGCCAUCGCGGAGAACGAUCCAGUUUACUUCAUGUAAUCGUGGAGGACUCGCGAAUGGGGGGUUAGUCGGACCCUUGGCGUAGCUGGGCGAUGAUCGAGGCGGGCCUACACGAAAUAUGAAUACUCCUCAUGAAAUAUGACGGUCGUGGAAUGAGAUAUCUCGUAUUAGGAUUUUAGAAGUUUGAGAAAUCACAAGUUUUCAAAUAUUUACAUUUCUAGAUUUAGAGGAGCCUAAAUUUGCAACCCCAAAAUUUUCCAGCCCGUAAUUUUUAAAUGGCCAAAUUCUCAGCCACUUGGUCCAUACCGAAUAUAAAAAUUAUUAGAGAAGCUAGGAGUUGGCCCAUGACAGAUAAAAGUCCUAGUUACGCUAACGAGUCCGCACCCCCGUAGCCCGAGAAUGUCCUAACUGUUAUAGAUUAAAUAUCCCGCGUGAACGGGUCGUUUUUGUUUUCGUUCGUCGAGAAACGGUCACGGUUAUAUAAUCGUAAGCAUAAAUCGGAUCAACCUCGCGUUAAAUGGAUCCUGAUACGAGCCUGUGUACAUAGUUCGUCCGCGACGAGAUACAGGAACGGACUGCGAUAAAAAGAUUCUCUCGGAGAAUUCGAUGAACGAUUCGAAAAGAAAACGGUUAGACGAAGGCACAAUUAACGACGCACAAUUUUUAACGAGAUUAGAUGUAGACGAAUUUAUUUCGGCUUAGAAUCGUCGAAGCAACGGCUGUUCUUUCGAUUAUGUCGGGAACAAUGUUUUGUUCGAUACGUAAACGAUAAGACGAUUUUAUACCGACGAGAAAAAUUGUGAAUGAGAGAGAGCGUGAGAGGUGUUUUUGUUUUUCUUUGGUAACGUUCGUAAGACUGAAAUUUAAAAAACCUUAGGAGAACGAUAGGAGAAGAACGAUUCCGUUUCUGGCGCAAGUCGACCUGAAUCCGCGUUAACCCGACACCCACCAUCCUCUUCCCACUGAUCGAUCUGUCCUUCGAUGUUACUCGAAUACUCUCACGGACAUCCGUCUUCCACGUAGUACAAACUGCAACUUAAAAUAGCGUCUCUCGCGUCCAAGUAGAUAAUUCGAAGAAUCAACGAUCGAGGGAAACAGAUUAUCGCACGAAAUUCUUAGGUGUCGACCGACGUGACUCGAGUUUAGAUUGUUACGUAGAUGUUCUCGUUAAAAUCUCGCUUAUCCGAGCACUAUCGAUCGUACCAGCGAUAGAAACGAUAGACGAUAGAUAGAUCGACGAUAGUUCGAAAGCAACACGAGCAACUUGCGCUUUUGAACAAGAUGCACCGUACGAAAGUCCAAACGUCCAUCGAACCGGUAGUCGUAGAGUGUGGUCUGUUUCUCUCGAUUCUAUGUAGCAACGUCUCGCGAUGGAUCGAUGUUUCGAGGCAAUACGCGUUGGUGUAACUAGGUUGGGACCAGGGUGGGCCCCAAAAUUUCAUUCUCUCUAUUAUAACGCGAGAGAUGUAGGACGUAAGAUACCUCGUAUAUCUCGUAUUAGAAGUUUCGAAGUUUUCAAAGUUACAAAUUUUGAAAUGAUCGAAGUCUCGUAUUCAGUAACUGUUAAAUUUUCAAGCUUUUCGAUAAUGCCUAGUUGUGAUUAGUAAGUGUUAGGGACCACCCCAGAUCCUAGUUACGGCAAUGACAUAAGCAUAAGCAAUUAUUUCACGUCUAAGUCGCGAGUUUUCGGAACGUUGCACGUUAGAUAAAGUCGAGAUCUUUUGCAUUAAUAGUGAGUUGAACGUGAUUGAAGGACUAACUGGUGGACCGUAGAAAAUGCAGAGAUAUCGUCCUGUAGAUUCCCAUAGACUCGACACCAUAGUACACAGAGUCCCAGUAAAUUAAAAAUGAACAAGAAUGGAAGGAUAACGUUCGAAGGAGGAACAGAGUACAAUGGCGAAUCAUAUCAUUAAGCCUUAAUCCGUCGAGUGUGCUGUCCAAACUCUGCUAAUUAAAAAGAGGGAAGAACGCGAGAACCAUAGGGGAUCAAGAUUGAUCGCGAUCGAACGUCUCGAGGACUCGAGGGCGUUUCGAUCUUCGCUGCUCAACAAACAGUCGUUUUUUGAAGGGUUGAACGAGAGUCUGGCCGAUCGAAUCGAAUCGAUUAUGCAAUACUGCUGUUCCGCGUGUGUGCGAGUUUGUUUCCUGCGUGUUGCGUGCGUGUCCAUUUUGGGGAACAAACGAAUGAGAGAAGAAACGUUUUUUCGUAGAAAGAUUUUCUAGUUAAAUGCGUGUUUCGUGGUAGGCGCUUUUUUAUCGGAGAAGCCGAUCGAUUUUGUUUUUUUUUUACGAAAGAUGUAAAUUCGACUGUAAGGCGGCUGUAAAUAAGAGACGAAUGGUUAACGAAAAAAUGGAAAGAAAGUGGAUCCUCUCGGUGUUUUAGAGCUAGUUGUGUCGACAUGUUUCUUCCUAUAUUAUAUAUAUAAUAUAUAUACACAUAUAUAUACAAAUAUAAAUAUAUUUAUUAUUGCGUUGUUCUAUUAUAUAAUAUUUAUUGUAUUAUCAGAUAUAGGAUUUACGCGCGACACGUUACGUUUAUUGAUCGGGGCUCGUGUCGAGAUCUCCGUUCGACUGUUCUCCUCUUUCACUUUCUUCUGUCUAAUAAUACUGUUUCCCUAGCUGUCCGUUCGAGAGACGUUAAAAAUAGAAACUUUCAAUUUCCGUUCGAUUUCCCGCGGUAUCGCGCCCUUUACGGAUUUUACUGGACAACGAUCUCGGCACGGGUUUUAACCGAAAUUGAAAGCAAAGCGAAGCGAUACACGAUUAGAGGGUAAGUCCACGAUUGCUCGCGAUUCGAUAACGGGAAUCGAAAGCAAAAGGUGAACGGAGAAAGAUACCCUUUCUAUGUCACAUCUCUAAACUGUACUUUUUCUAUGUCCGCAUACUCUAGUUCCUAUGCAAUGUUUGUACUCUUAUACCCUUUGUACUAUUUGUACCUUACGAAUUGCAAUACACUCGUCCGCAAUAA